CCGGAUGUUGUAUAUUAUUUGCACGGUCGAUAAGAAUAUAUAGGCCAAAAUCAUUAUUUGUUGGAAGAGCAAAAAAAUUGAUUAUCUUGGCCGGUGAAUAAUAGAAACACACUGCUGAACAGUCUUCAGCCUGCCCCAGGAUGUCAGAUCUUGUUGCUGUUUGGGAGGUGGCAUUGAGUGAUGGAGUUCACAAGGUAGAAUUUGAACACGGUACGACAACAGGGAAGAGGGUCAUAUGGCUAGAUGGAAAGGAAGUAAAAAGGACCGACUGGAUGUUCAAACUUGUGGGAUCAGAAACUUUUCAAAUUGGCAAGACCAAGUGUAAAAUAAACAUUGAUGCUGUCAGUGGUUUCAUGUAUGAAUACACCAUCGAAGUCAACGGAAAAAGCCUACAAAAGUUCUCAGAAAAUCAGAGUAAAAUCAUGAACUGUUGGGUGAUGACUUUGGAUGAUGUCCCAACUAGGAUUGUUUUAGAAAAGGACACUUUAGAUAUAUGGGUGAAUGGGCAGAAACUGGACACCACUGGGGAAUUUACAGAUGAUGGAACAGAGACACACUUUGCCAUUGGGGAGCACAGUUGUUACGUGAAGGCAGUGAGCAGUGGGAAGAAAAGAGAGGGAAUAAUCCACAGUCUCAUAGUAGAUGGCCAAGAAAUUCCAUGGACGAAGGAAUAAUACUAUUAUAGUUAGGUCGGAAGGAAGUAAUAUUGAGAGUAGACUUCACUACAAAGUCUCUUAAACCAAAAAUUUAUUACGUAAGGAAAAACAGAGAGGAAUAUAUUUUUGUCAUUGUUUUGAGUUAAAUAUUGAAUUGGAAUUUGAAUUUUCCAUGGAUGAAGUAACAGUUUAACUAUUUGAUUUUGGUCAGAAGGAUACAGUGUAAUGAAGCUUGGAUACCUGGUUAAAUUUUAUAGAGAGGGCUUAGUGGACUUUGCUUUAAAUUUUCUAGUACCCCAGAAAAUAACUCGCCAAAAAUUUGCUCAGGUAAAGAAAGGGGAGUAUAUAGUAUAUAUUUUUGCCAUUGUUUUGAACCCUUUAUUGAAUUUGUCUGAAUCUUACUUGAGCUGGGUGAAUAAAUAUUUUAAAAAAGAUUAGAUAUAUAGAUGGUAAUAGUGUAUGCUCAGGCACAAACCACAUGGGCAUUUCAGAUAAUAGAGAGUAUAAGCAUAUACAUACCUAUACUUCAUAAUGGUAUUAUGGUGAGAGUACUAUCAUUAUGUGAAUUUUUGUUGUUGUUGAUACAAGUUUGUUACAUAAAAAGAGGAUGGUGACAGAUGUGAAGGUUGUUAUAUUCAGUAAGUAAACUGAAAAGUGUCAUGCAGAUGCACUUAGAAAGUAGAAUAGCUGUAAAGUGUUUUCAUCAUAAAGUACUUAUUUUCAGUGUAUAUGUAUUAGGAACCCUUGUUAUUUUAUGACGAGAAAAAAUAUAAUAUUUUUUGGUGACUUACUUGUUCUUGCACCACUAAUUUAGGGAGUUGCGCAUGUGUCGCUUGUUAACAUUGGUCUGACUUAGUAUCAGGCAGUGAAAUGGACAGUUCAUUCACUGUAGUUGAGAAAAUCAAGUAUUUUUAAUUGGCAAUUUCAUCCUUUUUCAUGCCAUUAAAAUGUCAUUUUACCAGGUAUUUUAGUCAUUUUCAUUAGGGAUAAAAUGUAGUCUGUGAAUAUAGAAUGAGUAACAGUAUCUUUGCUGUGAGAUAUUGGGAUAUGGGUCAGUUUUGAAGUAUUUCAAAGCUUGGCUCAACCUCUUUUCACAAAGGUACUUUUACAUGGUAUUAGAUAGUCUUGGUAGGGGUCCAACUUAAAUUCAGCAGGGUCUUUUUUUGUGCAAAAUGUCUCGCUGGACAGUACAAAAAUAUGCACAGACAGUGUAAAGCUAGUGAGAGAAAUAUCUGUGAAUAUUAAGUGAAUAACUCCCCGCUAUGACCCGUAUAAAGAGUAAGGCAAUGGAAUAUUACUGGGCUAGCUGGCUUGAUAAGAGUAGCAGAGUCAAUAUGUGGUCUGUUUUAGUUCUAACACAAAAAGUGUGAAAUGGGUCCAUAUGUGUGAAUCUAUCUAUUAUUUAUAUUGCUGUAUGCAUGGACAUGUUUAACAUGGAUACUUGUCAAUAUGCUGCUAUGGAAAUGGUGGUAGCCUUGUGUUUAAUUAAUGUGGUUAAAUAUAAAAGCAGUGAAGUAGAUGAUUGACAAGAAUAGACAAGCCUUUCUUUUCAAGCAGACCUGCUUUCAAUUUUGAAUAUAUUCUGUUUGGUUAAUCCUUAUAUUAUUUUUGGUGUUUUUAUUUUAUUUAUUUAUUAUUAUUUUUUUUAAUGUACCAAAUCUAUACUAAUUUGCUGGUUUCAUAACCUUGUUAUAUAAAAUUUGUUUUAUGACGUUAAGUAUGAUUAAAAAAGUAUCAUUUUUAAGAGAUUAAACAACCAUUUUUCUACCUUUAAGACAUGAGUUAGACUUAUCAGUCUAACUCCUUGAUGUGACCUGAUAGUAAAAUUGGGGAACAAGUUGCAGGGCCUGUUUGUGGUUUAGGUAUGAGGACAUUUAAAGUGGAUUGCCUCUUCCACAUUCCUGCUUUACCCAUGAUCCUUCAAGGACAAAAAAAAAAAAAAAAGGUUGCAGGCUGAUUGAGAGCCAGUUGAAGUUACUGAUAGGUAGAAAGCCUGUGCAAUCUCUUUAGAAAUGAUUUUUUAGCCUUGUUAAAUAAGAUACAACGAAAAAUCUACUUCCACUUGAAAGGUUAACAACUGUUUGUUUUGGCCAAAAAGUGAAUUUUACUGGGGGAAACAGAUUUUCCCAUACUAACCAAUGUUUAAUA